GCUUCAGUCGCUAGAGAGCGCUUUUCACGGCCGCUACAUCUCUCCGCGCAACUCCGCGAGCCGCAUAUCGCGCACGUAUCGUGUACGGCGUCACGUAACUGCGCAAUCGUGUGCCCGCACGUUACUUCCCGACCCCGCUGAGCCACGCGCGUGCCUUGACAGUCGCGUGUUUGGCGGGAAACGACGCGAGACGCGUAUUUUCGUGUUUAUUGACACCAACUCGAGGACUCGCCCCUCUCCCGCCGUGGAACGGCGUACUGCUGCGGGCCGUGUGCAAUAGCGCAAUAGCAUUUUUCCAACGGGAUUUCCUCGCGUCGACACGGCGUUAUCGCGUCUUCAGUGCUCGCUCGUGUGUGGAAUGUGAGACGAGGAGCUGGUGAAAGAGAGAUUGAUACAGAAAUACAGAGGAAAAGACCGACCGGACAGAGUGAAUGGAGUGAGUGAGAGUGAGUGAGACAGACAGAUCGUCUGGCGUCACGGACAAUCUGGACGUUGGACCGCAAAAUUCGCGCGGGACACGUAACACGCUCUCUGGCCGUCGCUCGGAUAUUCACGCGCAAGUGCCGCGGCCGCGCGACGUUGCCGAGUCGUCCGUUCUCCGCCGGCUACGCCGAAGGAAUCGUCGUGUUGCGAGGAGAAAGAGAGAGAAAGAGAGCGAGCGAGCGAGCGAGCGAAGCAGCGACUGAACGUGUCGGAGAGAGACAAAGAGAGAGAGACAGUGUGUGUGUGUGUGUGGGUGCGCGCGUGUAUUUCUCUCGCGAAAACGCGAGAGGAGCGUCCUCGCGUCGACCUUGACGGAUUGUUCCGCGCGAUGCAGCGAGCUUGAGUCUGUUUUCACGACCGCUAUCUCGCUCUGGCCCAUAGUAACCGCGGCCGUCGUACUGUGUUGCCAAGCGUGCAACUGCUGUUAGAUCCGUGCACGCGUCGUCCUACAAUCCCCGCUUCUCCCGGCGGGAGUAGCGUCACGGAGCAUCGUCGUCGCUCACUUCUACUACGAGAAAACGUUAUCGCGGGACGAACCGCGUCGGUUAUUCGGCCACAGCGAAGUCUGGUACGGCGAGCGGAGUUCCAGUGACGGGAUCAACAUCAUCGUCAUCAUCAUCAUCAUCGGCGACAGCAGCACCAGCGACGCGGCCAUUAUUCGAAAUUCGGUGGGUCGCGCCACGAUUUGCGACGUUGCCACAUUCCGUGGUGCGUAGCCGCGAUUAUUUCAACGAGCGACGGACGGCAACGGGGACGUGAUUCCUAGAAGGAAUCAUCGUCAUCCCCGCGUCACGACCGAUGCUGGAAGAAGCGGACUCUUAUCGUGCAGCGCGAGUCGUGUUUCCUCGAUAACGUAGUGAAAGAAAAGGACAGUUCGAGUGGGACAGAGAGAAAGAGAGAAAACGAGGCGACAGGAAGAGAUAGUUCGUGGUCUCUUAUCCCCUAACCUCUUUCCUUGCUGAGAACGGGUGUGUAGUUCUCGCGUCCCCUCCGCACUCCCAUUCGACCUCGCGCGGGAGGAGGAACGACGUAAAGAAAGAGAUAAAAAAAGAGAGAGAGAAAGAGAGAGACGUCCGAGCGUGUUUUGCCGUUGUGGAGCGCCGCGGCGGCGAUAGAGCGCGACGAAAUAUGAGCGCACGAGUACUGAACCCGGCGAUGAUGACGGAAAUGAGCAGGAACCUAGGCGGAGGUGGCGGCGGCGGUGGCGGCGGCGGAGGCAGCGGCGGCGGGCGACCAGUGCCGAGCAAGGCCGCACUCGCCCGCGUACGCCGCGAUCUCUUCGGUCCGGUGGACCACGUAGCAGCCAGGGCGCUCGCCGAGCGCGAGCUGCGCGCCCAAUCUCUGCUGGACGCCGAGCGAUGGGGUUUCGACUUUCACCUGGAGAUACCGCGGCCGAACUUGCGCUACGAGUGGGAGCUGGUGACGGCGCAGGACGUCGUGCCCGAGCCCUACGCUCUACGCGGCAUGCCCUACCUGAGGAAGCACGCCCCCGGCACGCCGCGCAAGUCGCGCGUCGAUGACACCGCGCUGGUCGCAACCACGUCGUCGUCGACGGCGACGAUAAUGACGACGGCGACCAGCACCACCACAAUCACCACGAGGAUCGUCGAGCAGACGGAGACGACGAGCGCCACAUCGGCGGCGACGCUGAUGGCGAUCGGCGCGGCCGAGAGAACGCCGCCGCAAGAAGCCAGAGUGCCCGAGAUCGGCGACGCCACGACGCCCGCUGAGCUUUUGGACGCGAACGCCAAGAGGAAGAGGUGCGCGAUCGAACCGACCACUCCUGUAUUACCCCUCGCUGCCAGGAAACAAUCUGCUAUCACAGAUUUCAUGAAGAGUCGUAAGCGCGGUCUGAACGGCACCACAAAGAGCAUGAUAGAACCGCCGGAGAAGAUCGCCCGCAACGCGGGUCAGAUACGCAGCUAAAAACCUUCAGCUUCCUCUUUCCUCCUUCGACCUCGAUGUCUUCUUCCACCUCGUCUGCGUCACGCGAACGCGCGACAAGAGAUAGUACCGGAAACGGGACAUUGCACCACUAGGAGGAACGAGGAAAAAGGAGGACGCGGGGACUGCUCCGACAAGAGGCGCGAGAUCCUCGUUGGCUGUGCCAUUCAUACAUAGAUUUAUCCGCCGCGAGCGCUGGCGAAACCGACGGAAAGACGAAUGGAUCGGCUGGGAAAAGGAGCUGAAAGAGAGGAGAAGGCCGAAGUGAGAUGUGGUAGUAGCGUUGUUCCCUAUCGCAUACAUCUUCGUCUGUAAUGUCGCUUUAUAAUAUCGCGAGGAUUGCGAGGGCAGAGUAGCAAGAGGUGAGAGAGCCGCGGCACGAAGGAAACGGUAAAAAUCGAGAUAGAUGCCGAAAAAGAGCAAAGGACGCUCGGUGAAGAAAAAGAGGAAAGGGUAUGACAGUGGCAGUCGCUAUUUUUUUUAUAAUAUACGGCACUAUUUUUCUUUAGAAUAGACAAAAUAAGUAAAUUUCUGAGGAAAAAAAUUAGAUUGUAGAUAGAAUAACGAUUUUUGUCCAAAUUAAUUAAUGUAAUAUAUUCUUUGUUUUCAAACAUUGAUAUAUAAAAAAAUGUUUAAACGAUGUCGUUACACAGCACUUUACGAGAGAGUGAGAGAUAUUGUGAGCGAAUAAAUGUGAGCGAGAGAGAGAUGCAAGCGCGUGAAUAUGUGUGAGUGAGUAAGUGAGUGAAUGAAUGAAUGGAUAAAUGAAUAAAUGAAUGAAUGAAGGAAGGAAGG